CCAGUAGGUAUAAAAUGCUCGUCCACUACUACCUCGUUCUAAUCAUCAAAACCACACCGAUAAUUCCUUACAACGUCCGUACACUGGCAUUUCAUUUGCAGAAUGCAUGUUUUAUCAACCCUCCAUAUUUUUGUAUUAUUUUCUGGGAGUGUCGCUUUGCCUAUGUGCCUCAGCACACGUAUCGACAAAUCAGCUUCUAUGAGAAGUAGUGAUGAACCCGGACCUCCUUCUUGGAAAAGAGAUUUAACCGGAACUGCAUCUCCCAGUAGACCCGACUCACUUAACUCGGUCUCUGUUCCUGUUACUCCCUGGACACGGAAUGAUGCGGACCAAAGUUCUCCUUGGAUACGGGACUAUUCCAGGGCAAAUGCGGGCCCUUCCUUCUGGAUACGCGGUGCAUCUGGGCUAAACACAACCCCAGGGCCACCUUCGUGGAAACGGGAGGAAACAUCCCCGACUUCGACCGGCCGAGAGAGAGAGCCCCGUAUCGCCUGAAAGGGCCAGGGAUCUGGUUUGAACCAUGCAGACUCUCUCUCGAACAAGUCGCGGACCGAGACUAAUGUUAUCCCUUGUUGAGACGUUCUGCUAUUUGAAUAGAGGAUAUGUCCUCUAAUACAAGAGUUCAACAUUGAUACUCCCCCGUACUCCCGUUCUGUAGAUAUAGAUCCAUUGACUGCCACACUUGGGGAAACACUGACUGUUUUACAAGGUUUGAUAACAUCAUUACUUCCCUCAUAAUCCUGUCACUGCUGCAUGUC